AUGGCAGCGACCUCCUUUCGCAGUGUCGUGCUCGGCCAGCCCGAGAUCGCGUCGAUGGUGUUUGAGUUUCAGUUUGGUCUCUACGAAGACGUGCGCCCAGCCUUCGACGCCUGCAACGAGCUUCUCGAGCUUGACACCAAACUCAAUAUUGCUGCAGACCCGUCCUUUGAGCAAGCGUUCGCGCCGGACGCCGAAUGGUCGGACAAAACCUGGUCCAUUCAUCCGCUUUUGCAUCCGUCGCGUGUACUCAACGGCCAGGUGCCACUGCAUGUGGCCAUCGUUCAAGGUUUCGUGCACCUGGCCAAGCGCAUUCUUGGCUGCCGACCCGACCUCGCGUCCGACGACGCGAUCCACGUGGCUUUUCAGAAGAACCAGCUUGAGAUUGCCGAGCUGCUACUGGACCAGCGUGAAAGUGUACACAAUCAAUGCGGCAUCACCCACUCACACCUCCCAGCGCGGCGCGCCACGAGUAAGAAUUACUGGGGCAACAUGCUCGCUCGAGAGGACUCGAGAGGUCUUCUUUUGCUCCAGCGGUUUGAUCCGCGCUGCGAAAGCUUGACGGAAUCGAGGCGCCGGCAUGCGUUCCGACGCGCGUUCCAAAAAGCGAUGCUUGCGAACGCAAUGCUCGCACUCGACCUCUUUCCGUGGCUCCACUACCCCAGUCUCUUGGACGAUAUGGCGGGCCGAGGUUUCUUGCCGCUCGUACGCUCGCUCCACGAUCGCGGCUUCGAGUGCUCGACGGACGCCAUGGACAAGGCGGCGGCCACCGGUCAUUUGGAGGUCGUCACGUUUCUGCAUGCACAUCGAAACGAGGGCUGCACCACCAAGGCCAUGGACGACGCUGCUACCAAUGGCCACCUCGACGUCGUCCAGUUUCUCGAUUGCAACCGGACCGAAGGCUGCACGGUCGAUGCGCUGGAUGGUGCAAUUAGCCAUGGUCAUCUUGACGUUGUUCGCUUCCUCGUCGAGCACCGCACCGAAGGCGCGUCGCCAAACAUUCUCGACCGUGCUGCAGCCAACGGUCACCUUCACGUCGUGGAGUACCUCCAUACUCUUGGCACGUUUGAUUGUACCACCGACGCCGUCGACAAAGCUGCUGCCGGUGGUCACUUGGACGUCGUCCAGUUCCUUUUAACCUAUCGAAGUGAAGGCUGCACCCACGACAAGGUCGUUGGAUACGCUCUCGAGCGUUGUCAUCUGCGCACGACAGAGUACCUCCUCUCGCGUGGGGUCGGCGCGUGGAAGAUUGCGCGCUUUCUUUUGGCCAACGAAGCAAUGGACGUGUCGGUCAACGCCCUCAAGAAGGCGCUACGCUGUGGCGAAUGUGAGAUCGCAGCCCAAAUUCUGCAGCGUCAACCAGAGCUCCGACACGAGAAGCUUCUCGAGGCCGCUACAGCCUACGGCUACACGAAAGCAAUUCGAUUUCUCCUCGAUGCUGGCAUUGGCAACCCGCGCGAGUGCCUCGUCGAGAUUGCGGGUCGUCCCAUGCACGUGACUGCGAGCAAGCUUUUGCUGCCGCAUUGCAUGGACGCGACCAAGCAUCUCGACAAUAUCCUCUAUCUUCUCGACCUGCUCGCGCUGCCUAACCGCCGCCGCAAGACGACGCUCCAGUUGAUCACACAAGAGCUCCUGGACCAAGGGAGAAAGGCCAGCGAAACCAUCCAGCUUGCACCCAGCGUGGCGGUGCGAGCAUCAACGCUGUUGGAGGCUGGCGAGGUCGUCGACUGGGCGUUGGCCCUCGUCAUUGGUCAUCUCCAUGCGACCGACUCUGCGGCCACCAUCGAGCAACUCGAGAAGAAGACAGCGUUGGUCCAGGACGCCGAGCUCAAGAUGCAGCUCCAACGUUUGCUCCAGCAGAAGCCGUAG